AUGGACGAUGGAAUGUACAGGGCGACAUCUGGCGUUGGCGUCAAUGGAGCAACAGCAGGAGGCGGUGGAGGUUUGGGCGCACCCGAGGGCCCUACCUUCCUUAACUCUGAGGCAGCAUCAGCGUCGGACUGGCAGUCUACGGUGAAUGCAGUAGCCGCUGCAGCUCAACAACGUUCUAUGCUAGCUGCAGCAGCCGCAGCCGUGGCAUCUCAGAUGAAACGAUGA